GCAAGUGGCGUCGCUUCAGGGAGGAAGGAGUUGUCGGAAGCGGCAGCGGAGCCUGAAGCAGUUGCUGUGUUACCAUGGGGGCCGUGCUGGGGGUCUGUUCGCUGGCCAGCUGGAUUCCAUGUCUGUGCAGCGGUGCCUCAUGUUUGCUGUGUCGAUGUUGUCCAAACAGCAAGAAUUCCACAGUGACCCGUCUUAUCUAUGCCUUCCUCCUUCUUCUCAGUACGCUUGUUGCCUGUAUCAUGCUAGCACCGGGAAUGGAAGAGCAGCUGAAAAAGGUGCCUGGAUUUUGUGAUGAGGGGCUUCAUACCCGGCUACCACACAUGAAUGGCUUUGUCAACUGCGAUGUGCUGGUUGGAUACAGGGCUGUCUAUCGAAUCAGCUUUGCCAUGGCAGUGUUCUUCUUCAUUUUCUCUCUUCUUAUGAUACAAGUGAAAACAAGUAACGAUCCGAGAGCCUCAGUGCACAAUGGGUUCUGGUUCUUCAAAAUAGCUGCCAUAGUUGGUAUCAUGGUUGGAGCCUUUUACAUUCCUGAAGGGCCUUUCACAAGAGCAUGGUUUAUUAUUGGCACUCUUGGAGCCUUUUGCUUUAUCCUCAUCCAGCUGGUGCUGCUUGUGGACUUUGCUCACUCCUGGAAUGAGUCCUGGGUUGAGCGAAUGGAGGAAGGAAACUCCAGGUGUUGGUAUGUGGCUUUACUUUCUUGUACGAGCUUGACCUACAUCUUGUCGAUAAUUUCUGUUGUGCUCUUCUAUGUAUUCUACACUAAACCUGAUGGUUGUACUGAGAACAAGUUCUUCAUCAGCUUUAAUAUGAUCUUGUGCAUUGUUGUCUCCAUCAUUUCUAUCCUUCCGAAAGUUCAGGAACAUCAACCUCACUCUGGCCUCCUCCAGUCCUCUGUUAUUAGUCUCUACACAAUGUAUCUCACUUGGUCAGCUAUGUCUAAUGAGCCUGAUAGAAGCUGCAACCCAAGUUUGUUGAACAUCAUCACACAGAUAACUGCACCCACAAUAGCUCCAGCUAAUGCAACUGUCAUACCUGCUACUCCGGCUCCACCAAAGUCCUUGCAGUGGUGGGAUGCACAGAGUAUUGUUGGACUUGGUAUCUUUGUUCUUUGUCUCCUGUAUUCUAGCAUCCGCUCUUCCAGUAACAGCCAGGUGAACAAGCUGACUUUGUCUGGGAAUGACAGUGCCAUGCUGGAUGAUGUGGGAACCGAUGGUGUGUCCGUGGAAGAUGGAGAAGUUCGUCGGGUCAUGGACAAUGAGAAAGGGGCAGUUCAGUACAGCUAUGCUUUCUUUCACUUCAUGUUGCUCCUUGCCUCUCUCUACAUCAUGAUGACACUCACCAACUGGUACAGCCCUGAUGCAGACUUCAAAACUAUGACAAGCAAGUGGCCAGCCGUGUGGGUGAAGAUCACUUCAAGCUGGGUCUGCCUCCUUUUCUAUGUCUGGACCCUAGUGGCUCCUCUUGUCCUUACCAAUCGGGACUUCACUUAAAUGAUUGUGCUUGUCUGAGAUUAUGAAAAUGCCUGAAGUUCCUCUGCUGAAAGCCAAAAUGUCAUGUAUUGCUUCAGUUAUUUCUUGAAACUAAGGGAAAUGCAUCUUUUCAUGUUCCAUGCAGGUGGAUAGAAACUGCUGGAUUAUGUAAUGCUUGAUGUAGUAUCUAAACUACAAUAAUUGAUACUAUUUUAUUUUAACCUAUACGGGAGGUUAGCUAUUAGUGCAUUUUUGAAAUCUACUACAGAUGUGGUGGUUGUGUUGUACAGCACAGAAAAAACACUUGUUGUAUCCAUUAGAUCCAACAGAAUAUUGAAGAGAACAAUUAAACACAAAGUAAUAUAUUUUAAAGAACAAGCUGUGUUCAGCAUAAUGCACUAAAUGCUUCAGUAUGUGGAAGUGUAAGCCAUACUGUGCAAGUUUCUACAUUCCAUUGUCUAAAAGAACACCCUCCUGUUUGUGGGCAGAAGCUUAUACAUUCACUACAAGACCAAUAUCUUGAAGAUGUGUAGCUGUUAACUCUAAUUCCUGUUCCCAGAAUAAUACUUUUAGAUUUUAUGGAAACUAUGCUUCUUGAUUUAGUAUAUUUGUCAAAUAUUUUAACUUUGAUUUAACUCUAAACUAAUCAGAUACUUCUGUUAUUUCAAAUUAAAAUUAUGCUGGAAAAACGUUUUUUUUAUUAAGUCUCAAUUUGUCUGAGCUUGAAUGAGUUAAUACCCAUGAAAUUGUCAAUAUUUUCAUGAUAAAUGCAUUUGAUUAAAAUAUAGAUUAACUG